GUCCGACUGUUGAAAUUGUCAUCAUUGAAGCAUUUUGACUCUAAUAUAAGAUAUGAGCCAAUAGACCAUUUUUGUUGCUCGAUAUAUAUUCCCUUGGAAUUCUUCACGAUGAAUAAUCUGCUGCGAAGUAAAUCGGGUUGUUGGACUUGUCGUUUGCGAAAGAAGAAAUGCGAUGAACGGAAACCGUCACCAUGUUCCACAUGCGAGUCGUUAGCGAUAACGUGCUAUGGGUAUGGGACUAAGCCAGAUUGGAUGGAUAAUGGACCAAGAGAGAAAGAAAUGGCGAAUAGUAUCAAACAAAUUGUCAAACACACAUCGCGUCGAAAGGGUCGAUUGACUGGUUCAAAUGGGGGUCCGAAUAACGGGCUUAAUACAGAGGCUUCCGUCAUGAAGAUUGCACCAAAGACCGCAACUGCACCCACUAGAAUCACUUCUACAGCUUCCGAAGAUGCAGUUUAUCAGAAAACUUCAUCGGUAUCUUCCACUGCUCAAUCCAGUCCAAGCGUCUCGGCGGAAACUUCCAUGGGCACGACGCCGGAAAGUGGAAACAGUUUCUUCGGUACACCAGCAAUCACAAGUAAUGAAGCAGCUUUACUCAUGCAUUUUGUGGAUAAUGUGUUCCCACUGCAAUAUCCUAUGUACAAGCCCGAAGUGGUUGAAGGAGGACGAGGGUGGUUGCUCUCUCUUCUGCUGAAAAUUAAACCUUUAUAUCACGCAUCUAUUGGUCUGAGUGCUUAUCAUCGCGGUGUCGUACUUCGUGAAGCGAGUUCCGGUAAAUGUACGAAGCCCAGCAUCGCCGAACAAGAGAGCCACCUUGCCAUUUGUUUGACUGAAUUUCAAGAGGCGAUCAGAUCUGCUCAGGAUUGUGCUAAAGACUGCAUCUAUGGUAGGGAAAUUUGCGUGGAGAGUAGUCUUGCAAUAAUGGCUUGUGUUGUUCAGCUCGUCUUCUUCGAGCUUUUUGGUGUACAAAAAAGCUCUUGGCAAAUACAUCUCCGCGCGGCUACGGAUUUCUUUGGUCAUGGGUACAGAGAGCAUGCCGCCGAGCUUGGUUUAUGUGCCAAUGUUGAAUCGGCAGGCAUCACUUUACCAGCAUUUUGUGGACUGCUAGACAACGAGCCCUCCAUAAUCUUCUUGUUUCUCUCUGGGGUCGUUAUGUGGUUGGACGUCGUUUCUUGUAUAACUACAGGAAAAUCACCACAACUCCUUGAUCUCCAUCGUAUGGCUUUUGGCCGCCAGAUCAAGCUAGAGAAGAUUAUGGGCUGCAAGAACUGGGUUAUGACUGAAAUAGGCCGUAUUUCUAUUCUACAUGAAUCCAAACGAAAGGAACUCCAGAGCGGUGCCUUUGAUUCUCAUUCGUUCGAGGCACAGGCCGAUAUCAUCAGACAAACCAUCCGACGUGGGCUAAAUGAACAAUUCUUGACAGAACUUCGUAUCACAAAUCCAACUACGAAGUCACAUGUUGAAUCACGGAUAAGCGACCAAAGUAUUGUCACAAGAUUCUUUACUCGUGCUGCUUGCAUUUACUUGGAGCUUGUCGUUCAUGGGUUUAAGGUUGUUGAGGAAAAGCUGAAUUUGCACAGUCUUAUCGCUGAACCUUUGACGAUACUACCAAACUUGCUAGACGGGGAUUUAUUUCGCGCUAUUGUAUGCCCUUUGUACAUAUUAGGAUGUGUGGCCAAAGAAAAAGAACGAGAUACGUUCAGAAUGAUGUUUUCUUCGCCACCAUUGAAUGAUCCAUUUAUGCAUCAUCGAAGAGCCAUUUUACCUCUCCUGGAAAAGGUUUGGAUUCUCAGGGAUACACAUUCGGAAAACGUGAGCUGGGAAAGCGUCUUGCAACUUUCGGAGGAUAAGAUAUUACUCCUUUGAGUCGGAGGCAUUCAAACUCGAAAAAUUAUUCGGGGCCCUGGCUAGAAGCCAUCGCGACAACAUCACUGUAUUUUGAUUAUUCUCAAAAGUCUCCAGAAUGCCGUAGUUACUGAGAGCUCGGUAUCGAAAGCUUCGGAAGUAAUCAUCUCCGUCUUGUGGGCCUCCGGAACCUCAUGCGGGAGCUUUCAGGUACAUGAGCUUCUGCAAGAAGCAGAGUUCUAUUAGCGCCCAGGAAUACUCUGCUUGAAUGCGAAUUUUGGGCUCCAUUAUGAUAGACGUCUCGAAAUGUUUCACCAGAAUAAUCAUAUGCAGAUAACUUAGUGUUCAUAAAUAGUACGUGGUGUCUGUAACCUGGAGACAAGGGGGUUCAAAAACACAAUCCGAUGGCUUGGUGCUGUGUGCAAGCAAUCGAGAUAUACAAGGAAUGCAAAACCCCACGCAUGUCUCAGCGUUAAACCCUGCAUUUUUCAAAGUUAAAUCAAGCUACAAGUUCUUCGAGUGCCAAACGCAACACAUAGUCACUAUCAACUAGUGAUCCCAGAAAACGUUGGUCGUAUUUCUACCUUUGUUAAUGCAUGGCAAAGGUUCCUCUAGAAACAUGUUCCCAAGAAAUUGGCACAGAACUUCCCAAUCAUCUCGAGGAUUAAAUUCCAAGAGAUUAUCAGCGGAAACUACGGAAUGAAUAUAAUCGACGUGCUUCAAUAUAUGGGCAGCAAGCUUCUCUCGAUCUGUGCAUGGUUCGGGAAAUGUGUAGUCGAAGUUUGCUAGACGCAUGGUCUCAUGUACGGCGCUCAUACUUUCCUACAUGAUUAUGGAUCGCAAAUCAGUCUAAUGCCAGAGAUUUUAGUAAUUUUUUGAGACUUGGAGGAUUAUCUAGACCAACGAACUAUGUGUAGGAGCCUUGAGUUUUCCUUGUUUUUGGGUGUCAUCUCCAAGAAGUGAUGAAACCUACAGCUCAGUCUAUCCAAAGCGGUAUAGGUAGCUGGAAUAGUGCUAAUUAAUGGCGUGGGCCAACUGUGGAGCCAUUACAUACUCAUUGCCGAUGUGCUGGAAAGACCUAGACAUGACACUCGCAUCUCAACGGGCCGCGGGUUGCCGGAAGUUUGUCAAUCUGUUGUUGGGAAGGCAUGAUUUCUGGUGGGUUUCUAUUCUCUACACCUCGGAAUGUUAAAGUAACUGCAGAUCAAAAUUAAUAGAAAGGAUAGAGGAUCGCUAAAAACUUUUGCUUUCAUCUCCCCAAAGAUAUAACUGUCUUCCAAUUGUCCACUGUUGUAUGGGACCACAAAAAUAACUCUCUAACGGCUGUGACUCUUGUUUUUAGCUGUUUUAUUCAACUGCAUUGUAUGAUUAUGCGUUGUGUCUUGUUUGACUGCGCCGCUCAGUUGCUGCUGUGAUGAACAAAAGUGCGAGGAAAUGUGUUGGAAGUACAUCCGAUCCUAUUUUGAUUUGUUGAGUAAGAAUGCUGCCGGUAUAUAUUGGUCACCAGGUCAUCAUUUUACUAAGCAAGCAGAAAGAUAAGGGGAUCAAAUUUGAACA